UUGUCAUCGAAGUCAAGUCUGUAGCUAUUUCCAUUGUUUUUUAAAUUAAAAAAAAAUUGAUUUCGACAUCUAGUAAAGUUCAGAAAACCAGACCUUCAAGGAUUGAUUCACCUGUAAUUCGCAAAUCGCUCUAGGAAGUGUACAAAAACAUCCGCCCACGCGUUCAGCACGGAUAGCGGUGUGCGCGAGCUGACGUGAAAAGGAGAGAGAGAGAAAAAAAAGGGAGGAACAGCUUUCUUUUCAUUCAUUAGACUCAUUCAUAAUUUCUCUUCCGUUUCAUGGAGAGAAAAAAAAAAGGGGGGAGGGAAGUGAGUCUUAGAUCCAAGUGAAGAAGUUUGUGAGUUAUCGGUCCUUGCUGUUCAGUUCGACCAAGUCGAAGCAAGUGUUGACAGGGAAAAAAGUGUUGAAUUUUGUGUUCUUUAUGGAUGUGGAUUCAGUCUUGUGUAAUAUUUCCUGACAUUGCGGAGUGACUACGUCUCGUCGUUUCUUGUGACGGUAUUCUACAUUGGUGCUCGUCCAGGAAGUGAUCAUUGCAUAGUUCCAUUUCUUCACGUAUUAAUGGUGGGACUUAGCGAAUGCUUUAGAUUUCUGAUGACGAGAUACACAAUGGUUUUCGCCAACAUGUCAUAUUGGACUUAACUUGGUGAUGUCUUUGGAUUGAUGAGUUCCUAUGUUUGUUAUUGUAAGAUAGCCACUGUUUGGUUUUGGCAUUCUAAGUUUGUUGACCUAGUUAUUAGCACGUGUGGAGGAAACGCUUAUGCUGGAAGCUACUGGUUACGGUCAGUGAGUUGUGCGGUGGAUUAUGUUAGUGGGGAGCAAUCCCGGACUGCUGGACUCUGAUAGACGUAUGAUGACCAUUCCUGGGAAUUCUCAGCUGGACACUGACAGGCGCAUCAUGGCCCUCCCCGGCAGCGCCCAGCAGUGGCCGGACUUUCUGAAUGCAGAUCACGGCUGCGGACACGGUGGGGCGCUUAUGGGCUGCGGUGCAAGCAUGGUGGGCGCCCACGGCUUCUCCCAGAGACUUUUAGUGCACCAUCAUCAGCCGCCCACACAACACCACCAGCAACAUUCUCCACAUCAUCCGCACCACCUUCAGCAACACCCCCACCACCACCAACAGCAGCAACAGCAUUCGCCGACGCCGCAACACAUGAACUACGGGCUCCAGCAGGCGCCCCUUUCGUCUCCCCACCAUCUUCACAGCGGCGCCAGGCAGCCCCAGCACCACCACCCCUUUCACCACCCGCACCAACAGCAGCACCAUCCUCAACAGCAUCAACAUCACCCAGCGGAAUCCCAGCAGCAGCAUAUACACAAUGACUGUAUGCCCAGCAGUAACAUUACCACCAACAAAACUAGUCUUUCUUUACUAUCAAGUCUACGUAGCGAUUUCACAGUCACGAAUGGCGUGCCCCCUCUCACGCCGGGUACCACACAGCAGAUGUCACAGUUUAUUGUGGAGGGAUUCAAAGAAUUCGAGAAGCAGAGAAUCGGUUUCAACAUUCCUAAAGAUCCUAGCCAGUGGUCUAGGGCACACGUCCACUUGUGGCUGCAGUGGUUCUCACAAGAGUUCUCACUGGAGGGCAUCCGGAUGAACAACUUUGAUAUCGACGGCCAGGCUUUGUGCAGCAUGGGCAAGAAAGAUUUUCUAGAGUUGUGUCCACCUUAUGUGGGCGACAUCAUCUGGGAACACCUGGAUGAAAUGAAGAAAGAGUGCCAAGACAGAAGCAGGCUGUGUAACGCUCCGUCCAACUUGUCAGAGACCAUCUGUGACCAGGACCUGACUGAUGGUUUCCAAAGAAGUUUUUCUACAACAUCUGAUCAAAGUGUUGCAAUGACAACCAAUAGUUGCAAUUCCUUUUUGGAAGUUUCUCCUGGAGGCUACACCUCACCAGAGCCCGUCCAAAGUCUGGCCGAUCUAGUGUCGGACAACGGCCCAAGCAGCGCCAACACUGACAGCAGUGGCUUGGGCACACCCAACAGCGCCGGCAGCAACGCCAGCAGCGGCUACUGCCUGUCAGAUCUCAGCAACAACAACAGUUUCUUCAGCACAUCCCAUCCCCAUCUAGGUGGAUCCCGCCCUACAGAAUAUCUGAGAGAAAACUCAAGCUACAGAAAUAAUACAGAAAGUUUUUUUGACAACGGACCCCACCACCCGCCACACCAGGCCUAUAUGGGGCACAACAUCAAGUCUGAGCCUUGGGAUUAUAAUGUAGAUCCCUGUGUAUACCGGAGAAUGUCUCCCGAAGAUUCUCCGACCAGUGAACAAGGCAAGCCCAUGAUUCAAGCCGCUGUGUUAGCAGGUUAUUCAGACUGCUCCAUAUUAAGGGGUCCUGAUGGGCGUGGUUUAGGAAGUGGUCCUAUUCAACUGUGGCAGUUUCUGCUGGAGCAGCUAACAGACAAAUCUUGCCAGCAUUUCAUUAGCUGGACUGGGGAUGGCUGGGAGUUCAAGCUUUCUGAUCCAGAUGAAGUGGCCAGGAGGUGGGGCAUCAGAAAAAACAAGCCAAAAAUGAAUUAUGAGAAGCUUAGUAGAGGCUUAAGAUACUACUAUGACAAGAACAUCAUUCAUAAGACAGCUGGCAAACGGUAUGUCUACAGAUUUGUCUGUGACCUGCACAACUUGCUUGGCUACACUCCAGAGGAGUUGUUUGAAGUGUGCGAGAUCAAACCCCAAAAGGACAAAGACGACGAGUAAAGCAAAAAAGCAACCAAAGAUUACAAUUAGGCUGCACAUGUGGGAGAGUUGACUUUUCAAAACUUUUCAAGACCCUCCAAAAACUAAGCCAUACACUCUGCUCAGCUACUUUCAAACUUUGUAAAAAAAAAAUAAAAGUGUGCAAAAAAAAAAAUCAACAUUUGAAUGACAAUUUGUAUUGAUGUUUUUGUUUUUCUGACCUUCAACCUUUGAGCUUGUGAACUGUGUUGUGGAGGAAACUGGACAUUUUCCUUUCAGUUCUUGGGAAUGCGCUCUGGCAAGUGCCAUGUUCAACUGCGGAGGAUUUAUUUCUUGGCCUGGUCAUUUCAUUGCUAGUUUGUGGAUGGACUUUGAUCUUUCAAAGAUGAUUGUGUUCAAUGGGACUUGCAAGAAUUCACUUUUCUGAACUCAAACACAAUUUUAAUUUUUUUAAAUGAGAUCUUUUUUUGUUUUAACAAACUUUUGAAAGAGUGAUUUUAAUUUGUGUAUGUUUUAAAGAUAUUGAUGUUAUUGUUAUUCAUUGCGCACAGUUUGUACUACAAUGAUGUAAAAAAAAAAAGUAUUUUUAUGUAGUCCAGUAACAAACAUGCCUUAUGCCGAAAUAAGUUGCUAAUUAACAACUUCUGUUUUUUGUGUGUUACAUUUUUUAUUCAGUUUUUCUUAAAAGUAGUUUUUGCUUUAAAAUGUUUCACUUGCAUGUCAGUUGUUUGUAAAUGCCUCAUGAUUAAAGGAAAAUAAAAACACAUCUUUCUUAAAAAAAACAACAUAAAAAAACCUCAAGUGUUCAACAAGCCUCAUAUCUAUUCAAAGUCUUAUACAUUUACUCUAGAUUUUAAUAGAUAAACUUAACUGUAUUUCGGUUUAAUUUCCCUAAAUUUUUUUAAAGAUCAGAUAUAGUUUUUUUUCCACAUAUGCUUUGAAUAUUAUCUGUAUUCGCUUGAUAGAAAAGUACAUUAGGUUUAAUACAGAAAUUUAAAAAGUCAAACUAAUUUGGAUCAGCUAAAUAUUACAGUUGAGAAAUUUUUAGUCAAGAUUAAAGCUCUCAAGGAUAAAAAAGCCUGGAAUCCAUCUUGUAGAACUGAUCAUUUUGUCAAUACAUCAUGUCCUUCGAGCUCAAGUUAUUCUAAAUUAGACUUGCCUGAACCUGUAAGCAAAUUCUGUAUCGUAACAUUUUGACAAAAAAUUACUAUACAAAUUAAAAUACAAUUUUGUUUUUUUUUCUAACUAUAUUUAAGUAGCAAGUCUUUAUAAGUAGGUCAGUUUAGCCAAGGUCUCUUACAAUGACAGAAUUGAAAAGUUUGACACCACAUGGGGAAAAAAUAUAGUUGUCACAAGUUAUUUUUUCUACUUUAAAAACAACAAACUUUCUGUUGGAUAAUGUUGAUUUAAUGUAACAAAAUCGGAGUAGCCCACUAGAGUAGUAGAGGGCUAAGGGAGACAAUAACUUUUCCUUUUUGAAGAGCAGACAACUGUGUUUAUUUCCAUGGUGUCAUUAAUUAUCUUUUGUUUUAAUUCAAUGUAUAUUGUUUUUGUUUUUUCAAAAUCUCAUUAAUUAGUUCAUGCUGUAAAAAUGUCUAUUAAUUAGGCAUUCUACCACCUUGUGUUCAUUUGUUAUAUAUCAACUAUAAUGGCAUUUAAUUUUUUUAAUCAUUAUAUAUUUUUUUUAUAAUGAUACUAUUUUCUCUGCAUCAUGCUUUCUACUGCCUUGCUUCUGUACUGGAAGAAACUAAAAUUAAGUAUAAAAGUUCAGUAGCAUUUUACAGAGAUAUAUAUAUAUAUAGAUAUAUACAUAUAUUCUAGUUUGUAGUAUUAGGGUGUGGAAUGUGUUCAAAGGCAUUUCUGGAAAUGUCUUGAGAUUAAUGUAUCUUCUACUAUUCAAGUUCAUCUUGUCUCAAGGAAAAGUUAAACGUCUGGUAGGUGGCUCUAGAGGAUAUGAAGAUAAUGUUAAAUGUAAUCCUUUAAUUCUUGGGGAGGGGGGGGGGUAAGAAAACAUUGCUGUUAGGUUCAGUACAUUUAGAAUCUUCAGACGAGGCAACUGUGUGAAUCAUGCCCACAUCAAAAUUGAGUUGAUUUAUAAACGUAUUGAAUAAAAGUGGGACAGAAGUUUAGGAAGGGUUAGUGAUUUAAUUAAAACAGCUGGUUCUAAGAACAUUUCUGUUUGGAUUAUCAGUGAGCUUUUUUUUCUUUUUUUUUUUUUUGCAGUAGUCUGUAGCAAUUAAUGCAGAGUAGUUCUUUUAAUGUUUAUGAAUGAACUUUAUUUUAACAAAAGAGAAUUUCAGAGCAAAAAGUUUAAAUUUUUUGAACAGCAAAAAAAAAUAAAUAAUAAAAAGUUUUAUUCUUUGAACUAAUUAAUUAGGAUCAUGCAUGAGGAUUUAAUAUGAUGUCUUAGUGGAAAUAAUAAAUGGUUAUCUUCUUUUGUUUAACGCCUUUAGUCACCUUACUCCAAGCUACCCUUCUCAAGGAUAUUCAAGCAGAUUAUUGAACUAAAUUUAUAUAAUUGUAUGCGAUAUUGAUUACUUCACCAUUUAGAUAGUUCUACAGAUGUCAGUUGUAAUAAACUGAUCAGUGUUUACCUUUUGAUCUUGAAAACACAUUGCUUCUCCCUCUAAAGCACCACCUUCAAAUCGACCAGCACAUUUAUAAGGAACUGGCAAUAACUGACGAAUACUUUCAGCAUUCUCUGUGUUCAGAUGAUAUUUUCUAUUUUGUUUGUUUGUCAAGACUAGGUGCUAUUGUUGAUGUGUAGUGUAUUUAUCCAAACCACAGCAUUCUUAUCAAUGUCAGUGACAUUUUAAAAUCUCAGUUUAAAUUUUUAAGAGACAUAAGGUUGGGAAAUAUAGUUUAGAAUUACAUUCUAGAAUUUGAUGCUAUUACCAGAGCUAAGAAAGCGAUGUUUGGAAAUAAAUGUAAGUAAGAGGUUUUAUUUUCUAUUACCUAAUGUUUUGCACCCUGUAUUAAGAAAUAAACUUGACAUAAUCAUCAAAUAGAAAAGAAAUUAGUGAUAAAGUUAAUCAAGAUCAUCCCUUUGUUUCUUCAUGAUUUGUAAACAUUGGCAGAUAAUAGAACUUAUUGCAAAACCUUAUUUUUAUUUUUUUUCCCUUUUGACUUAGACUGGUUUACUCUGUUUUUAAACACACAGUGUACUAUGGUACAGCUAAACUUCUUUCUUAAGUGCCUAUGUGUUUUGUUUUUUUAUAACAAUGCUGCCUUGAAAAUUUGAUGGCAUUAGAUUUUAUAUUUGAAAGUAAAUUGAAUAAUUACAAAUUACUGUUCUGAGAAUUUGUAGCAUGAUAGUUUGUUGUUUUUUUUCCAUUGCUUUUUACUACUAAAGGUAAGCACUAAAUUGCUUCAAAGAAUCUCUUUACUAAAGAUAUAUUGUUCUUCAAAGUGUUUGUUUAAAAAGAGGGAUGCAUUUCAACUCUAGUUUUAGUCCUUUUAUAUACUUUUGAAAAUAAUACAAUAUUUUGUUUGCCUUUACUUACCCAGGAAUCUCUAGUAUUCAACUCCCACUGUGUUCAACUCAUUUUAGAUUUGAGUAUUUUUGUACAUAUGCACAGUUUAAUGCUUAAAUUGCUGCCAGAUUAACAGGAAUAAAUAAUUUAAGGCUUUUUUUUUAAAUAAUGAUUCAGCUAUAAACAUAAAAUGUAUAGCAGCAAAGAUGAUGAUAUAAUUGCCUGUAUUCAUGUAGUCAAGAGAGUACUGUCAAAUCAUGAUUAAUAUUUCGAAGUUAUAGCUGCUAGAUAUAAGCAGUACUUAAAAAUGAAAUUAAUGUGUGUUUUUUUUUAUAGAAACUAGGUUACUGGCUUUAUGUUUAAAUGCUUUAUUGGAUUAAAGUAAUUUCAAAGGUUUGGAUUCUCAAUAUCAAAGCAAAACUUGAACAAAGUAAUUUAAGUUUAUGGUAAUUAAUUUAUGAAAUAUACGCAUUUUGUAAAAUACAGACUUGCUUGGUGUGUUGACAUAUUCUGCUGUAGUGCAAGAUUAAUUUUUUAAAAUCUUUUCAAAUCUGUGAAGAGUGAAUUAUGGGAGAAGAGACAAUGUCAAUGCACUGUGAUCAGUAACAAUUUGGUUAUAAUGGAAAAAAAGUAAACAAUAUUGACAUUUGAAAUCAGUCAGAUCAAAAUUUAUUUGUGAAUCUCUUUUUUUUUCCAAUUGAGUACAAUUCUUUAUGAAUAAUUGACAGGAGAAAGAGAGGUUAGCCUACAUUUUAUCUCCUGCUUUUUUUAAAAAAGUAAAUAGUUUUUAUACUAGUAAAUAUCUAAGUUUACCAAAUCAUUUUUUUAAAAGAUUUAAAAAAUCAAAAAGCUUCACUUACUUGACCUUUCCAUUUGAAAAUGUGAUGUCUGUAUAUAUAAAAAGCCCUACAUUUUCUGUGCUCCUGAUUUUUGGUUGAUCCAAAAUAUUUUGUUUUAAAUCUUCUUUAAGUACAAACUCUGGUAGAAGAAAAAUAUUUUUUUUUAAUUACCAGGAAUGUGUAAAUAAAAAAAAAGAUAUAAAUAUAUAUAUAUAUAUAUAUAUACAACAUGACUAUCUUUAAACAACAAAUAUUUGCAACACAUGAAGGACAAAUUGAUGGAGCAAAUUUGUAGUUUUAUGUUUUGUUUUGUUGCUAUCAUUUAAAAGUAAAAACAACUUUUUAAAAUGCAUUUGAAAAAUAAACAAUGUUUCAAUACCAUUCUGUGCCCUUUCUUGUUGACUUGAAUCACAGUAUUGUCUAGCUUUUGACUGAAGCAUAAAAUAUGUGUUCAUUUGGCAAUGACCUUUUUUUUUUUGUUAUAUACUUAACAAGUUCAUAACACUUUGUCCGUCUGCUUUGGACAUGUUUUUUUUUUGUUUUUUUUUUGCUUUGUAAAUAUUUAAAUGCACUCUGUUUUCAAACACAAAAUAAUAAGAUUUUUAAAUACCAAUUUACAAAACACAAGAAAUUGGUAUGAUGAUUAUAUAUAGAUAUUUAUACAUAGUAUGUUCAAGUUGGUGUGUAUCAUAUUAACAUAUACAACUCCUGUACAAAUUGGCUGUAUGUACUUAAUCUUGAUCAAAUGACAUCAUCAUUACAUGCUGUGAAUUUCAUGUUGUUGAUUUUUUUUUAUUCAUGCUGGCAUUUGCAAUUUGCAGAAGGCAAAGAAUCUACUGACUUUAUUUAUGGCUACAUCUGAAAAACAACAAAUAGGAUUAAACAUUGAAAAUUGUGUGUCAUUUUUAAUGUAAUCAAAAUACAAUGCACAAAAGUAUUUCUUUUAAAUAUUUUAAUGCCACCACCCCCACCCCCCACAACUAAAUAUUUUUUUACAAUUACUUUUACCAAUUUUUUGGUUACAUGAUUGUACUUACUAUUGAAUCAAACUUGUUAUUAAUAAUCACUGACCUAUCUAGUAUUUGGCCAAAACAAUUCUUUAAACAUCUGAAUGAUUUUCACUUUGCUAGAUUGUUAUCAAGUGAUUUCUGUGUGAUGAACUAUUGAAAAAGUCCAGUUCUUUUUGAAAUGCUGAUUGUAGUGUCCUUGAUUAGGACUCUUCAUUAGAUCUCACCUUUUUUUUUUAUGUGUUGACGAGAGAAUACAAAAAAAAAAUCACCUUACAUCUAAAGGUCACUGAAAAUAAAAAUUACUAAAUUAUUUGCCAUUAUACCAGAAAGCAUUUUGACUGUUGCGUCCAAUUAUAAAAUAUUUUAAUUUUAUAUCAAAUAUCAAUAAAUAAAUCUAUCUACUGCUUGGUAAGCCUAUUAUCUUUAUUUUGUUAGAUAAAGAAUAAGGAAUUUUAAAGGAAACUCAAUUAUUUUUUCAAACUAAAUUAUUUUUGAAACAUGAUUUUUGGCUUAUUAAUUUAAUAUUGACAGAGGCAGAUGUAAUGGGUGUCGAGCACAAUCUAGGUUUGAUACAUAUUUAUAUGCAUCUUGAUCAAAUCAUGUUUUGACUUGUACAUUACAAGGAUAUUGUUUUAUGCUGUUAAGUUUUGUUUCAAUUUCAUAUUUUUCUUUUCCUUUAGUGUUUUUUGGUUGUAAUUCCCACUCCAAUACACAAUCUGUCUGAUGUUUCUAUAAUACACAUUUAAUGAUCAUUUCAUCAGUCCCAAGAACAUAUUUUAAUUUGUUUUCUAAAAGAAAGUUACAUUCAAAAUGUGUUCUCAGAUGUCCAAAGUACUUUUUUUUUUGUUCCAUUAGUUUUAUAGGAAAAGAAAUGUAUCAAUUUUUUUGUUUUAAUCUCCCUUUUUUUUUAAUUUAAUAAAUAAUUAAGUUAAUAUAUUAAUUAGUAAUUAUUUAUUGAUUGUGUAUUUUGUUUUAAUAUGGGCGCCAAUUAAUUUUUUUUAUUAGAUGUGAUGAUCAAUUACCUAGUUCAUUAUAGCUGCAGUAGACAUGUUAGCAAACACCAUAAUAUUUUUUUAUUGUAUUUUAUUUGUCCUUAAAACUUUUCCACAAAAAUUGCAUUUGAUAUCAAAAUGUAACUUUUUGUUACUGCUUAAAAAUAUUGCAAAAAGUUGAAUAUAUAUCUCUUUUUUUUAAAACAAAAAAAAGCUCCAUUUCUUCUUUUUCAUUUCAAUGUCUACCAGGCACUUGUUUCAUCUGAUUUUAAAAGAAACAUGUCAUCAAACAGAAUCAGUAUAAAUAGUAUUCUGCUGUAACUAUAGCAACAAUGGUAAUCACUAGUUGUUUUUAUUUUAUAUAAUUCAAAAUGUGAAUAAUUUGUUUUUUUUUAUUUCUAAUGUCAUUGCUUGAUGAUGUAUGUCAAGUCAUGAUGUUUUUGUUUCACAAUUAUGUUAGAAUGACUUGGUGUAAUUUUUUCUUUUCUAACAAUCAUAUCGCCCAUUUCAGUUUCCACAGACCUUUUUUUUUUCCAAUUGAAGAAUGGUUGACAUUGGUUGACAUGUAGUUUGUUUGAGAAAUGUGCCUUGAUUUGAACAAAAAAAAAAUAAACUUGUAUACAAAGAUCUUA